CCUGUUCCGGUUGAAUGUCAAAACAAGAACACGUGUGUUUCAGAAUUGUUGUGGUCACUGGUUGAGAUAGGGACAGUUCCGUGUAUUUAUUCCAUUCCCUCCACUCUUUAUUAGUAUUUAAUUAUUUUUUUGAGAUCUGACAAUAUACAACAGCUUAACAUUGGAUGAAUAACCUCCGGGUAUCAAACUAGUCUGUACUGUAAUUACACAAUGCCAUUUAGAAAGUGGUCAAAUGCAACAUAUGUUAUAUUUUGGAUUACACUUUCUUAGUAAAGUACAAAUUCUAGUACUUUUUGAGUUGAACCCCAUCUGGGAUUCGAACUCGCAGCCUCAGAGUCACAAUUAGAAGUCGCGAUAGCUGAGCGGGUUAGGCGGCUGACUUUGUGUGCUGGUGAAUUAGGUGUCUGACUCUGAGGGUGUGAGUUCGAAUCCCGGAUGGGGCUCAACUCAAAAAGUAAUAGAAUUUGUACUUUACUAAGAAAGUGUAAUCCCAAAUAUAACAUAUGUUGCAUUAGUCUGUACUGUAGUGUUUAUGACAGUUUUUCUUCACAGACUCAGUCAAGAGAUGAUCAAAUCAACAUGUUUGUGUUCGAAAUUACACAUGUCUCAUUUGACAUUGAAGCGUUUGAAACACACAUUAAACAUCAAACAUGUCGAUGGCUUCGCAAAGAUGAUUCAUCAGGUUAAAAGGGCAGAAACUAAAGGUUUGCCUAUCAUUCAUCAUCAUGGUUAUGUCAGUGACCUGCCAAUCAAGCACCGAUUUGCUAUGAGAAAGUUUCAUGGGGUGAUGCGUUUUUUGAGAAAAGACAAUGUAAUUUCUUCCAAACAAAUACUCCAGCCUGAGCUUGUGCAACCAGAGGACUUGUUACCAGUGCAUACAGAAGACUACAUAAACAGAUUCUUCUGGGGGCAGACAACUGACAAGGAACAGCGACUCACUGGAUUCAAAUGGUCAGAGGGACUCGUUAGUCGGUGCAGGUAUGAAACAGCGGGCACAAUACUAGCAGCAGUUACAGCCAUGGAGCGGGGCCUGGCAUGUAGCACAGGGGGAGGCACCCACCACGCCUUCCCCUCCCAUGGCUCAGGGUACUGUCUUCUGAAUGACCUGGCUGUCACUGCAAGCUACAUGCUGGAACAUGGCUUUGUGGAGAGAGUUCUCAUUGUAGACCUUGACGUACACCAGGGUGAUGGCACAGCGUACAUCUUCAAAGAUGACAAGCGUGUGUUCACAUUCUCAAUGCAUUGCCAGAAUAACUUUCCCCACAAGAAGCAGCAAAGUGAUGUCGACGUUGGACUUGAUGUCGGCUGUACGGACAAAGAAUAUAUGUCAACACUUGACAGUCACCUGGGCUGGAUUGUCAACAGUUUCCAACCCGACCUUGUCCUCUAUGAUGCUGGUGUUGAUCCCCAUGAGAAAGAUGAACUUGGCAAACUCAAGAUGACAGAUCAAGGUUUGUACGACAGAGACCAUUAUGUGCUGCACUACCUCGCCUCCCGCGGUAUCCCAUGUGCCACUGUGAUAGGGGGAGGCUACUCUAAUGACCUUGAUGAACUCUCUCUCCGACACACCAUCGUACAUCGAGCUGCAACUCAGGUAUGGCAUCAGAGCAUUGCAAGUUGCUUUUGAUGUGACCAAACUGUAAAAAAUGACCAGGUUCGAGGGGUUGACAGAGCAGAUUGUACCUUCUG